AGGACCAACAGAAUCUCCUAAGCAUUUGGUUUCUUCCCUGCUCCCGCACCAGCCUUCCCCGCGCACCGCACUUCGCUUGGACCUUUCUGAGGUUAAAAACUCCGCAAGGAAAAGGAGGAAACGCAGAAGACUGUGACUACGCGAUCCAUUUUUGUGCACCAGGGUAUUUCCACAGCCUCCUGGAGGUGCUUUUGGCAGAAAGCGGGAGCUGUGGCUUCACCGCGAGGGCCAGCUCCUUGGAGGGGACGUUUCCCGGGACGCCCGGGGGGUACCGCGUUCAGAGCGCUGCACCUACUCCGCGUGAAAGGCUUCUGUGGCUUCCCGGCUGCACCCCCCGCUUUGCCGCCGGGCAAGGGGAGCCCUCGCUGUGAGGUGCCGGUGCCGGCUGGGCGGGUGGGACAGCAGCCCUGGCUAGCCGGCAGACAGACGGACGGACGGAGGGACGGAGGCACGGACGGAAGGCGGGCAGAGGCGGGGAGGAAGCGCGGCAGUGCGCAGGUGCGGGCGGAGGCGGCGGGCAUGGCGUCCGUGGUGCUGAGCGAGGCGGAGAAGCUGUACAUCGUGCACGGCGUGCAGGAAGACCUUCGUGUCGAUGGUCGAGGCUGUGAAGACUACAGAUGUGCAGAAGUAGAAACAGAUGUUGUAUCAAACACAAGUGGAUCUGCAAGAGUAAAGCUGGGAGAAACUGAUAUCUUGGUAGGCAUAAAAGCUGAAAUGGGGACACCGAAGCUGGAGAAACCAGAUGAAGGUUACCUGGAAUUUUUUGUUGACUGUUCUUCAAAUUCUCCUGAGUUGGAAGGCCGGGGAGGAGAAGAACUUGGCACAGAUAUAGCAAAUACACUAUAUAGAAUAUUCAGCUGCGAGAACAGUGUAGACUUGAAAUCCCUUUGUAUUAAUCCCAAAGAGCACUGUUGGGUUCUCUAUGUGGAUGUAUUGUUAUUGGAAUGUGGUGGGAACAUCUUUGAUGCAAUCUCCAUCGCAGUGAAGGCAGCUCUCUUUAACACAAGAAUACCCAAAGUGCGUGUUCUGGAGGAUGAAGAAGGCACCAAAGAGAUUGAGCUGUCUGAUGACCCUUAUGAUUGUAUUCGACUCAACAUAGAUGAGGUGCCCUGUGUUGUCACACUAAGCAAAAUUGGAUAUAGGCACGUGGUGGAUGCUACCCUUCAGGAAGAAGCCUGUUCUUUGGCAAGCCUGCUUAUUUCAGUGACCAGUAAAGGUGCCAUCACUUCUAUGAAGAAGGUGGGAAAAGGUAGCCUGGAUCCUGAGAGUAUUUUUGAAAUGAUGGAGACAGGACAAAGAGUAGGCAAGUCACUUCACAUAGCCCUUCAGAAGAUUUUGGAUGAAGAAGAGAAUCUGGGGACUUCACGACCAAAAGUUGGAUUUCUAGGAUGAGUUUUUAUUAAAUGUUCAAAACUGUUUUUAA